GUGUAGUCACUUUCUACACGGACGCUGUUUAAGGACGCACAUAUCCUGACAGCUGAUUCAAGAAAAGAAGACGUGUACUUCUCCCUGCUCCGAUUUGGUUUUAAGCGCGUUUUCAUUCCCUCUGCUUUGGCUCAUAAAUCCACACUGUAGCGCCGUUCUUGGGCAGGAUCAAUGGCGACGGUGGAGGAGCUGAAGCUGCGGGUGAGGGAGCUGGAAAACGAACUGAUAAAGUGCAAGCAGAGGCAGUGUGCCGCGGAGGAUGCUCACAAUAGACCCAGAAUUGACAAGAUGAGCGCCGAGGUAGUGGAUUCCAACCCGUACAGCCGCCUUAUGGCUCUAAAAAGAAUGGGCAUCGUGGAUGAUUAUGAGAAAAUCCGGACAUUUUCAGUAGCUGUAGUUGGUGUCGGAGGCGUCGGCAGCGUGACAGCUGAAAUGCUCACUAGAUGUGGCAUUGGUAAGCUGCUGCUCUUUGACUAUGACAAAGUAGAGCUGGCCAACAUGAACAGACUGUUCUUCCAGCCUCACCAAGCAGGGCUGAGUAAGGUGGAGGCAGCAGAACACACACUCAGAAAUAUUAAUCCAGAUGUGGCAUUUGAAACCCAUAACUACAACAUCACAACACUGGACAAUUUCACACAUUUCAUGGAUCGCAUCAGUCAUGGAGGGUUAGAAGAAGGAAAACCAGUGGAUUUGGUUCUGAGCUGUGUGGAUAACUUUGAGGCCAGGAUGGCCAUCAAUACAGCCUGUAACGAACUGGGUCAGAUCUGGAUGGAGUCCGGCGUGAGUGAAAACGCCGUCUCAGGACACAUCCAGCUCAUAAUUCCUGGAGAGACGGCUUGCUUUGCUUGUGCCCCUCCAUUGGUGGUGGCUGCUAACAUUGAUGAGAAAACCCUAAAGCGGGAGGGUGUAUGUGCCGCCAGCUUGCCAACAACUAUGGGUGUGGUUGCAGGCCUCCUGGUGCAAAAUGUCCUCAAAUAUCUCCUGAAGUUUGGCACGGUCAGCUAUUAUCUCGGAUACAACGCCAUGCAGGACUUUUUUCCGACCAUGGCCAUGAAGGCCAACCCACAGUGCAAUGACCGUCACUGCAGGCGGCAACAAGAGGAAUUCAAGAUAAAAGAAGCAGAGCGGCCCAAGGUGGAAGCUGUCCAGCAGGAAGAGGAAGAGAUCAUACACGAAGACAACGAAUGGGGUAUCGAGCUGGUGUCUGAAGUGACCGAUGCCGAGUUACAGGCUGCUUCGGGGGCUGUACCUGACCUGCCAGAGGGCAUCACUGUGGCGUACACCAUUCCAGCUGGGGAAAAGGUCAGUGGAGACACCGUGGAGGAGACUGAAGUGAGCUUGGAAGAUUUAAUGGCUCAGAUGAGAAAGUUGUAGACAGUGAUCUGAAGACUCUUUUCUGUAGCAUAUUAAGUUUUUUUUUUUGUUUUGUUUACACUCAUAUUUUUUUUAACAUUCUCAUCCCAAAGUCCAAAUGUAAAAAAAUAAACUAAAGGUGAAAGAUAUACAGUGCAUGAUGGUUGCAUGCACACAAAAUAUCACUUGGAACGACAUCAGAUUCUCACAAAAUGUCUAAACACCCCAAAUUAAAGAGCAAGUGCUCUAUAAUCUGUUUAGUACAAUUUUACUUUGAAUCCUUAAACUUUUCAAUCAUGUCUUUCUGCUACUUACUGAACAUUGUCUCAAUAAAGUAUUUAUUAAAUUCAGUCUAA